GAUUCUUUUGUUAUCUCUCUCAAAUGAUUUCCCUGUUGAAUUUAAAUGGCUUCUAUUUUUCCCACCACGCCAUGCUUCCAAAACCCCUUUCACAAAAAACCCCAUCUUCCAUUUCUCUCAAAGUUCGAUGCUUUCGAGCUUCUGAACCCAUCCCUCUUCCCUCUUCUUCUCCUUUAAGUUCCGUUCUCUCGUCACGUUCCCCCAAACGUGUCUCUCGCCUCUUGAGGUCCGAAGCUCAACACGCUCUAAUGGAUUACAUGCAUUCCACGCGUGGCUACACUUUCUCCGACGCCGAGUACAUCAGCGAGAACUCACCACGUUUUAUUGAAUCAUUGGUCUCAAUGAUUGACGACAAAGAUGAUGUUCUUCGGUCGUUGGAAAGAUUCCUCAGGUACAACCCCAUUAACGAGUUUGAACCAUUUUUCGAGAGUUUGGGAAUUGACCCUUCUGAGUUGUAUUUGUUUCUUCCCCAUGGUAUGUUUUUCCUGGCUGAUGAUCAUGUGCUGCUUCAAAAUUUUCAUGCUUUGUGUAACUAUGGGGUGCCAAGGAAUCGAAUGGGGAAGUUUUUUAAAGAGGCAAAAGAGAUUUUUGGGUAUGCUAGUGGGGUGCUGUUGUCAAAGUUAGAAGCUUAUGAGAAUUUGGGUUUGAGGAAAUCAACUGUUGUCAAGCUUGUUGUUUGUUGCCCUUUGCUUUUGGUUGGUGAUGUGAAUUUUGAAUUUGUUUCCGUGCUUGAUUGGUUGAAGAGAAUUGGGAUUGAGAGUGAUUGGAUGGUGAAUUACUUGUCUUGUUCAAGGACAUAUAGUUGGAAAAGAAUGCUUGAUGCCAUGCUGUUUCUUCAUAAAGUGGGUUAUUCCGAGGAACAAAUGCACAAUUUGUUUAGGGAAAAUCCUAAGUUGUUGUUGGAGGGUUUUGGGAGGAAAGUGUACUUAGUUUUUGGUAGAUUGCUUAAAGUUGGUGUUGAGAUGAAUGUGGUUUAUUCUUAUUUUGUAGAGUAUCCCAAUAUCUUGUUGAAUAAGUGUGCGAACGAUAUGUUGAGAGUGAUUGACUUUUUGGGUGCUAUUGGAAUGGGAAAAGAUGACAUUACACACAUUUUGUCUAAGUACAUGCAUCUCCUGAUUACACGUUCCUUGAAAGGUCAUAAAACUGUUUGUCAGGAGUUAAAAGUUGGAAAAGCUGAUUUGUACCAAAUCAUAAAGGAUGAUCCAUUGAAGCUAAUUAGUUUGGCAUCAAAACAGGAGCAGAAGGGCAAUGGAAAGGUAGAUAGUCAUGACCCACGUAACUAUUUGGAAAAGACAACUUUCUUGCUGAAAUUGGGAUACAUUGAGAACUCUGAAGAGAUGGCCAAAGCAUUAAAAAUGUUUCGAGGGAGAGGUGAUCAAUUACAAGAGAGGUUUGAUUGCCUGGUAGAAGCUGGCUUGGACUAUAACAGUGUGAUUGAAAUGAUAAAACGAGCUCCUAUGAUUCUAAGCCAGAACAAAGCUGUAAUUCAAAAGAAGAUUGAUUUCUUAAAAAAUGUUUUAGAUUACCCUCUAGAAGGUCUCGUGGGAUUCCCAACAUACUUUUGCCAUGAUUUGGACAAAAUUGUUGAAAGACUUUCAAUGUAUGCAUGGCUGAAGGAGAGGAAUGCUGUAAAUCCUACAUUAACCCUGAGUACCAUAAUUGCAUCCAAUGAUAAACGCUUUGUAAAGUACUUUGUGAAUGUGCAUCCUCAAGGUUCAGCCAUCUGGAAGGGCUUAAAAAGAUUAUCAAAUAAAGAUAAGAACUAAUAGCUCCAUUUAAGCGCUACCAAUGAAUGACCUGUGUUUUGACCUGGGGUCUUGCUACACCUGCAUCAUGUCCUACAACACUGAUCUGAAAACACUGUCCAUUGCUUGUAGGACUUAGGGAGCACUGGAAGUAUGGACAGUUGGGAUUUAACCAGAACAACACUGGAGGAUAAUCUGGAUAACAACUGGAUAAUAUGGCUUUUUUCAAGGAAAGACUACUCAGUUGACCUCUCUACAGUUUGGUUGAUUUAGAGAAAACAAGAACCCCAAAGUCUGCAACAAUGACAAUCAUAACUAGGAGAUGGUGUUUAGAAUUUUGGAGCUUCAUCCAAAUGGAAGUAACUUGUGUAUUUGUCUUAUCUAUAGAAUCAACUCUAGAACAUGCUCCUUGCCUAGUUAGAUGGGUGAUUCCUCUGCUGGGAUGGAUUAAGAUAAAUGUUGAUAUCAGCUCUCUUAAAUUUUGGUGUCAGUUUUUUAUUCCUUGAUGAGAAUGUAAAACUAACUCUGAAAUAGGAGAUUCCCUUGGUACGUUGCCUGCUGGAGGACAUGGUUUCUUUAUGUUGUGAGGAAGAAAGGAAGAGCCCAUCAAAAGAGGAAAUUAUGGGAAUCCCAAGUGAUCCUUUUGGAACUAAAACAUCAUACUUGCCUACAAUAUCUGAUAUGUAAAAGCAAUGGAGAAAACAUUCUGCAGAUCAUAAUAUCUGGUCAACAAGAGGUUAAGCUACUAGUGUUCUCAGGUUCGAACUAGCAAGAGUAUGCUUACAAACACAGCUAAUGUUGAUGCUGAAGUUGCAAUGAACGAUGAGAAGGAUAUCAUAAAUAAAAUUAUCUUUAGUUAA